AUGACUUUUACUUAUGCAGAAAUCACAAAUGUAGUAGUUCCUCUUUAUCGACGACGGAUAUGUUUCAAGACUUUCAAUGGAUAUCUGAAACCGUGGAUCUUUUCUUUUCUCUUUUACUGUUAUGUUUCCUUUUCUUUCAAUAGCUUCCUUUCUUUACUAAUUUUCUUUUUCGCUCUCUCUUUAUUUUAUCGGGCUCUUUUUUUAUUUCUUCGGUUUGUCUUUAUUCUUUCAAAAAUGUUUUAUUUUUAUUUGCCGACUUUUUCUUCUUUUUAUGAAUUUCUUUUCUGUCUGGUCUUUUCUUUUGGGAACCGUGAUCAGUUUAAUACGCUACCUUGGUUUCAACCUUACGGUAUAUUCACGCGAUUAUCUAUCUAUCUAUCUAUCUAUCUAUCUAUCUAUCUAUCUAUCUAUCUAUCUAUCUAUUCAUCUAUCUAUCUAUCUAUCUAUCUAUCUAUCUAUCUAUCUAUCUAUCGCGACUUCAUUUAA